UAGCUGGGUUUUACUGGCAGCGCCGGCGGCUGUGUCAUCUGAGUUAUUGAAAGGGGCGGCUGCCGUCCAAGUCAAGUAGGGCUGGACCUUGGAGAUUAUCCCAGAUAGUCACGAGGCGGGCGGGGGGCUGAGAUGCCCUGAUCGUUGGCAUUACAGCGCCGAAUCCUCUGUGCUCUGCCUGCCCUCAUUUUACAAAUGGGGGAAACUGUAGUCCUAGAGGCAAAGUAACUUGUGUGAAAUCACACAACCAGGUGUGUUAUCAGGGAGCCCUAACCUCCCCCCAAAACCUACUUUCAUAAAUAAGAUUUAUCAACACCGCAAGACAAUCAAAGCACACUGUUACCAGAAAAGGAAAAAAAAAAAGGCAAGUUUCAGAACAGAAUGUAUAAUAUGAUCCCAGUUUCUUGAGGAAAGGAGUUGGGGAGAGAUGCGUGCUUUUGUGUACAUUUUACAAAUUCAGGAAGAUCACACACUAACCGCUUGUAGUUGUUUCCUCUCCCAGGUGAGACUCCAAGGGACUUUUACUUCCGAAUUUUUACUGCUUUUUUGUUUGACAUUUUUAUAAAGUGCAUAUAAGCAGGGAAAUAUUCAAUAUCUUUGAGCCUCACUUUCCACCUGCCUUCCAGAGUAAUAAUGAAAAUGUAAUAAGAUAAUGUAUGUAAAAUGCUUAGCACAGUAAACAGCCCAUCAGUAAACUGCAAGGUUUGUUCCCUUCUCUCUAAUGGUAUGGCUUUCUGUACAGUAAGUCCCCUGCAUGCAAAUCUUCAAGUUGCAAGCUUUCAAAGAUACAGACGUGUAUUCACAUGUCCAAUCAUGUGUUAGUUCAUGUGUCUGGCAUACAUUGUCACAUGUGUGCAUCCCCUACAAAUAGUUGUCGUUUUGUGUAUUUUACAGUACUGUAUGGAGUAUAACGGUACGAUAUCUUCAUUUUUUGCCUUUUCAUUUGAUACCAGCUCCUGUGUGCCAGCUUUUGUACUGUACUACUGUACUUUUCAAGGGCCAAGCCAAGCCUAGCACCUUGCAGCUUCUCAUGGAGACUGCAGGAGGAGGCAGCAACCCCGGCGGCGGCGGUGGUGGGGUGACGCCCCGGCCCCUCCAGAAACUGGAGCAGCGGGUGGCCCGCAGACGCCUGUCCCAGGCCCGCCACCGAGCAACCCUGGCGGGGCUCUUCGGCAACCUCAGGAAGGCCGUCUACUCCCACUCUGAUCUCACAGCCUCAAAGUGGCAAGUUUUGAAUAAGGCGAAGAAUCGUAUUCAGGAACUGGAACAAACUUUGGAUGAGCUACUGAAGCUGAAAGAGUCUUUCAACCUGGAGGAUGGGAAUGCAAACAGCUUAGAGGAGGCCAAGAAAGAAUAUGCCAGCAUGUACUCCAGAAACCCCAGUCUGGUGUCAAAUAAAGUUAACUGGAAAGGCUCGGACACUUGGUGCUCCAUCGAGGCAGCUGGGAAGGAUGUUGAGGAGGAAGAAGAGGAAGAAGAGGAGGAGGAGGAGGACCAAGAAGAGGAGGAAGAGUAUGAGGAGGUGGAGGAGGAAGAGGAGAAAAAAGUGGAGCUCUUAAACUCCUCCGUCACCUUGCUGCCAGAUCUCUUGGAAUUUGAACGGUACCUCAACUUUUACAAGCAGACAAUGGACUUUCUGAUCAGGAACAAGAUCAUCUCCUCCAAGGAGGUGACGCUCCCCAUCGUGUCUGCGGCCAUCUCCCAUCUGUGGCAGAUCCUCUCGGAGGAGAUGAAGACCAUCCUCUUGCAGGCCUGGGAGCAGACACAGAGCGGCCUCGUGGGGUCCUAUCCAGAGCCGGCCUGUGCCGAGGACAGCAUGAAGGACAGCGGGGUUGACAGCCAGGGAGCCAGCUGCUCGCUCGUCUCCACCCCUGAGGAGAUCCUUUUUGAAGAUGCCUUUGAUGUGGCAAGUUUCCUGGACAAAAGUGAAGCUCCGGGCACAUCUAGCCCCAGUUCCAAGUUGGCCGUCUGCAACCCAAAAAAUCCUGAGGAGAUGUUUCAGCUCUACGUGCAGAUCAUCGAUUUUUUCAAAGGCCUUUGCUGUGUUAACACUCAGGUCAAGCAGGAACCAGACCUUCCUGUCGAUGACGAGAUGAUAAUGUUGAGGUGCACGGAGACGUUUGACGAUGAAGAUCUGUGAUGCAGGAGGGCUGGAAGCAGGAGGGGAUGGAGGGAGCUGGUGGUC